AUGUCUUUCGACUCUCUUUCCCCGCUGGAGGUCGUCCAGGCCCUGGAGAGAACUGGUAUCCAGAAAGGUAAUAUGCGACUGGACAAAGUCUUCUUCAGCUCUGUCUCAGCUGGGUGUUUGCUUGCCUUGGCUUGUGGUACUGCCCUGAGUACCAACGCGUCGCCCUGGUUCCAGAGUAAUGCCCCUGGCUUGAUUCGUACCAUCAGCGCCUUGGUCUUCCCUUAUGGUUUAGUCAUGAUUAUUCUCACCGGUGCAGACCUUUGCACUGGUUCCUUCAUGUACACCACCAUUGCUGUACUCCGAGGAAAGCUUCCAUGGUGGAAGAUGUUUGUGCAUUGGACUGUAACCUUUCUUGGGAACUUGGCCGGGUCUCUUUUCCUUGUUGUGAUCAUAUUCGGAUACGGUGGUGUGUUCGACGCAGACCCAUUCAAGUCCGCCGUGCAGACUUUUGCGACUAAGAAGCAAGUUACGCCAAACUUCCGUGAGAUUUUCCUUCGGGGAAUUGGUUGCAAUUGGCUUGUCUGUCUUGCCUGCUUCUUUGGUCUGCAGGGUCGUGAUCUUGCAUCCAAGAUCAUAGGCAUCUGGUGGCCUAUCUUUGCCUUCGUUUCUCUGGGAUUUGACCACGUUGUGGCCAACAUGACUUUCAUUCCCCUUGGGAUCUGGGUCAGUACCCCCGGCAUCUCCGUUGGUCUGUACAUCUGGAAGGGAAUAAUUCCUACAUUGCUCGGCAAUAUUAUUGGCGGUGGCCUGUUUGUUGGCACUUACUACUGGUACAUGUACCUCUUGGACAUCAAUGAGCUUCCAAUGCGCGGGUUCAAGAAGAAGCAGAUUGACGCAACCCCAGAGACACGCUCCAUGACCAAAGAAGGGGACAUUGAAGCUUCUGCUGGCGCUUCUAGUUAA